UGAAGCGUCAGCGGGGUGAGAUGAUAAUUCUUUACCUUUUUCUUUGAAUCUCUUAUCCACGGGGAGCGGCUUCGGGAAAGCGUCUUUUUUUCCUUCUACGUACUUUGUUCUAUCUAUCUAUACCCUUUUUAUGUACAUCACUUUAAGGUAAACGGUCAACAGUGUCACUGUUAAACUGCAACUUCACUGCGCCUUGUCGAUGGUCAAUGGAUCAAAAUGACUGGGGUCAAGCAAGAUGGGAAAAAGAAGUGCUGUCUCCCAGAGAAACAAACUUUUUUAAUAUUCCAGAAAAUGUGUUGUGCUUUCAUACUCCUAAACAAAAUGAAUUCAAUGAAGAUGUAUUUGUGGCACGUUUAUGGAGUCCGCCGAUCAGUUCAACAUCUCGUAAACCUAUUCAUCUCGGCGACAAGUUCGACUUUUUGACUCCUAGAUGUCUUACAUUUGCAUACAAUGUCUUCAGUGGUUCAUCCAAAGUGCUAGUCAAAAGAAGCCCAAGUCUUGCUCUUCUGAAACGUCAACGAGGAUCGUGCCAAUCAGAUGUUGGUGUUAAAACGGGAAUAAUUGGUGUUGUAUGUGCCAAUGACCACCUAUGGAACAGCAGUAUUAUUAAUAGUCAUAAUGAUAAAAAUCAUGGACAAGUGGUUCAUUUAGGUCAACAAACAUUUCAAUGGAACAGUGUGAACAUAGAAUUAACAGGUCAAUCAGAUUAUAAACUGAUAUUGGAAGGUACAAUUCCUGCUGGAUAUCCAGAUGCUAGAAUUUGUGUUGAUAAUAUUACUUCUUAUACUGAACCAUGCAGUGCUUUAGAGAAAGCUUCUGCACCGUUACCUAGUCAAUGGAGUUGGGCUCAAUACUUUGGAUUGACAUUUGUUGGUGCUUUGAUCUUAGGAUUGUUAAUCCCAGUACUAUUUUUGAUUAUCCUCAUUUGGGCUUGUCGUCGUCGACGUCAUCAUACAAUGCAUUCGAAUUAUACAAAUAGUAAAUUAUUUUCAACAAACUUAUGGUAUUAUAUUGGUGGAAAAGAGAUUUGUGAUGAUCCUAACGGUUUUCGUGGUAGUUCCAGCUUACUUCGAUCAAAACAGUUUAAUUCACCAUCGAACACUGGUACCUUAUUGAAUGGUGGUGGACAUCAUCAUAUGGGUAUGAUGAGUAAUGCUGAUGUGAUGGAUUUACCGGAUGUUGUUAUACCUGGGGGUCGAGUUGUAGCUUUCAAUUAUUCUGGUAAUACAUUAGGUGCAAAUACUCUACGACAUAACAACAAUGCUAAUAAUAGUGGUUUUACAAAUACAAAUUAUCUACCAAAUAAUUCACAAAAUGGUCAGGUUAUGCUUGGAAAUGUUAGUGGAACGGUUUCAUCAAGUGGUUCUGGAGCUAAUGCUACUACUGUUGCACGUAUCUGUCAAAAUCCAAUACCUUUGGCGUCAAAUGAACUUAAUCAACAACAGCAACAACCACAACUACAAAACCAACAGCAGAAUGAAGCAUUUAACUACCAAACAAAUCCAGUUUUUGGAGAACCUGUUUCUAUGGCAAUGAUGACUGCUAGCCAAUCUCCAAUGUUGAUGACACAAUCGAUGGCUCCAGUUUACGGAUCUGAGGCAAAUCAUGUUAAUCAAGCAAAUUUCUUGAAUACUGCUGUAUCACAAAUGAAUCACUUCAAUACAAAUGCUCAAGUCUACAAUAAACCACCACCAUCAGUACAACAGCAACAACAACAACCUCGUGCUCAAUCUCAAUAUUUUCCGUCAUCUCAACUUCCUCAGUCAAAUUUAAUUCAACAACCUCAACCACAGCAACAAGUACCAUCCGGAUUUCAACAACAGCAAGUAUGUGGAUUUCAGAAUCAAGCCCAACUUCACCACCAACAACAACACUUACCAAUUAAUCAGACACCUGUUACUAAUCAAUUCUAUCCACAACAACAACCAGUACAACAACAACAGCAACAAUUCCCGCUACCGCCUCCACCAACAUCACAACAAUUGCAACAAUUAAAUCCUCAACAACCUUCAGUAUAUUCACAACAACAACAACAACAAAAUCAACCCGUCCCUGUUGUUCAGCAACCAGUAGGUCAAUAUCAAUUCCAACAACACCAAAGUCAACAACAAAUACUGUCUGAUCAAUGUGGACAACAGAUAGUAAACGGACAAGUACAAAUAUCUAAUACACCAAAUCAAAUUCCUGUAACACAACCGAGUUAUCAGCCGAUAAUACAAAACUGUCAACCUCUACAACAGCAACAACAGUGCAACAAUACAAAUUCUGGUAGUAAUAUGACCAAUGGACAAGUAAUAACAACAUCGAAUAAUCGUUUUUUAUCAAUGUCUCCAGUUUCAAUUGGCACUGAUUCACUAACAGAAGCUGAUCAACAAGCUGCAAUAGCUUUAUUGGCUGCUGCUACUGAAGGUAUGGAUGUCUAUAGGGAAAAUCAAACGACACCGAACAAUUUUCAAACUCCUGUUUCUAAUGUCAAUAAUAAUAUAGGAUCAGAGGCAUGUUUGAAUAAUGUUAACAAUAAUAAUAAUAAUAAUAAUAAUAAUAGUAAUAACUGUGCUAAUAACAAUAAUACACAAGUGUCAGUUGAUGAAGAUCAUCCACCACCAGGUUAUGAUGAAGCUAUUGGCUUGAUACAAAACAAUUGUAUGAACAAUGUUAACAUGUCGGCGACGACAGUGGCUUCGAUGAUGAUGAUGAUGAAUACAAUGGCGAAACCAGCUGUCCCCAUACCGAAUACCACUUGUACACCACCACCAGCAUUACCUCCACGUAGAAUUAUCAAUGGAGUUGGAUUAGAAGAUAUUGAAGAUGCACAGCCUAUGGCAUGUUUAUCAUUAGCUGAACGUUACGGUCUACCAGUAGCUGAAAUCUAA